UGAAAACAUAACCCCGCGUAGCCGCCCGCUCGAGAUCAGCGAAUGGCAGAGGAAGGUGCCUCCUCCAAAGUCAGCCACCCGGACUGAUCCGCCCGUCCAAACGACUAUUUUUGUAUGUACAGUACAUGACUGGCAGAUUCGAGGCGGGCAUGCAAUGCGGCGAAGAGUCGUUGUAACAUUGCCGGCGAGUGCCCUCUUCGGCUUGACGUGUUCCCGACCCCGCGCGUCCCUGCUUAGAGAUCGUUUGGGUCCUGGAGGGCAUUUGAAGAAGCAACCGUUUCCACCGGCCUCGCUGGGUCUCUUUGGGACCUGGGCACCGCGAGCAACAUCCAGGAUGUCUGCAACAAACGUGAACACGGCCGAGGUCACGGGCGCCCCGAAGCACAAUGCCUGGGUCGGCAGUGCCGGGGCCGGCGGCUACGAUCUCAGGAGUGACACCAUGACCACUCCGACGCCAUCCAUGCUGGCCGCGAUCCAGUCGUGCACGCUUUUGGACGAUGUGUUCAAGGAGGACCCCACGACUACGGAUCUGGAGAACUACUGUGCUUCCCUGGCCGGCAAGGAGGCCGGUCUGUUCGUUCUGUCGGGCACCAUGGGGAACCAGGUAGCCUUGAGGUCUCUGCUGACGCAGCCCCCUCACGGUGUCGUGUGCGACUACCGUUCCCACAUUGUGAACUACGAGGCCGGAGGCGUCUCGGUCUUGACGGGCGCUCUGGCCAAGCCGAUUGUGCCAAAGAACGGAGUCUAUCUCACUCUGGAAGACAUCAAGGCCAACGUCCACCUGGACGACGACGAGCACACAUGCCCUACCCGCGUCAUCAGCCUCGAGAACACGCUGAACGGCAUGAUCAUGCCCCUGGAUGAGGUCCGGCGCAUCUCGGCCUUUGCUCGGGAGCACGGCAUCAAGAUGCACUGUGACGGCGCGCGGCUCUGGGAAGUCGUCGCCGCCGGGGCCGGCAGCCUGGUUGACUAUGCCGCCUGCUUCGACACGGUGACCCUAUGCUUCUCCAAGGGCCUCGGAGCCCCCGUCGGGAGUAUCCUGCUGGGCACCAAGGACCUGAUCAAGCAAGCGCGCUGGGUGAGAAAGUUCAUUGGCGGUGGCUUGCGCCAGCCGGGCGUCAUCACGGCGGCCGCUCGUGUCGCCGUCGACGAGACGUUCGGCAAGGGUCCCAACGGGGAGGGCGGCAAGCUCCGGAACACGCACAUCCUCGCCAAAGAGGUGGCCAAGUUGUGGACGGACCUGGGCGGCAAGCUCGUCUAUCCGGUACACACCAACAUGGUCUGGCUUGACCUGGAGGACGCUCGCUGCCCGGAGCCCAGGUUUGAGCAGCUCGGAAAGGAGGCCGGACUCAAGCUCAUGGGCGGCAGGCUGGUCAUACACUAUCAGAUCUACGAGCGGCGCGAUGUGGUCGUACCGAAGCUAGCCAGCAUCUUCAAAGCAGUGUUUGAGAGUAAGAAGGCAGGAGCCGACCCGGUCUCUCGUGACAGGGUUGGCGAAGCGUCCAUGUAUCGGUCGCGGUGAAGCGUCUGCCCGUACUGCAAUCAGAAAUUGUAUACAUAGUAGAAAUCUGAGACUUGCCCUUGUUCUUGGCUCAUACCUUGCCACCAUCUCUGUGACUACUAUGUAGGGGAGAAAUUGACCGCUCCGUCAAACCGAAUGAUACUCAUGCUUUCCAUAACUACUACAUCGUUUCCUUAUUUCCCUCUUCAUUCUUAUUUCAGAUGUUAGGUUUCUUUCUUUCUUUUACUAUUCUUCGUUCCGUCGCUUUAUUCUCUCUUUUUCUCUUUUUACUUUCUUUCUCCUUCUUUCCUUCUCCCCGAAGGGUUUUGUAGAAUCA